AUGCGCGUACAUUUGGGUGAUGAUAAUAAUGCAGCACAAUUUUCAAGAACUCUUUUGGAUAUAGGAAAUGGAAAUAUUUUAAAUAAUGAUGGUGAAGUACUAAUAGAACCAACAAUUGCAACUAGCGUCACUGGACAAGACAAAUUAAUAGCUAAUGUUUACCCGCAAGUCACCCAAAUUUCAGAGAAAACGGAUGAUUGGUUACGCGAACGAGCGAUUUUAGCACCUAAAAACGAUUCCGUUACAAGUAUAAAUAAUAAAAUUCUUUCAAUGUUUAAGGCCCACCAACAAACUUAUCUUUCUAUUGAUAAUCUGACUGAUCAAGAUAAUUCUAUUGAUAUUCAAAUUGAAUUUUUAAAUUCUUUGAAUCCAUCAGGACUUCCUCCGCAUAAACUGGACUUGAAAAUUGGGGCUCCAAUAAUACUUAUGAGGAAUUUAAAUACACCGAAAUUAUGCAAUGGUACUAGAUUACGGAUGGUAACUAUGCAGAGGGACGUGAUUGAAGCUACAAUUCUUUCCGGCUCAGCCCAAGGUCAAGUUGUUUUUAUUCCCAGGAUACAGAUGAUUACUAAUGAGUAA